AUGAAGCGGGCUGCAGACUCCGCCAUCGCCCCUGCGCGGCGGCCGAAGUGGGGUUGCCCGCGAGGGGAGUCGGACAGUUCGACGCGUGUCGAUGUCGAUGACGUCCAGACUCCUUGCUAUGUGGCGUAUCACGCCGUGGUGCUCCGCAAUGCCGAGCAAAUGCUGGCGCGAGCCAAGAGGUUUGGUUGCCGACUCCGACCGCACAUGAAGACUCACAAAACCUUGGAAGGUGGAGUCAUCGCUACUGGCGGAACCUGCAGGGGCAUCACUGUGUCGACCUUGGCAGAGGCAGAGUUCUUCGCCAACGGUGGCUUCGAUGACAUAUGCUACGCUGUGCCCAUCACCGCCGACAAGCUGCCGCGAGCGGCGCUCCUUGUCGAGCGACUGGAGGCCUUCCACGUUACGGUCGAUCACUCUUCGGCUGUGGAUGCGUUACUGGAGCGCCCGCCCAGUGCCGAGAAGGCGUGGUCCGUCUUCUUGAUGGUAGAUUGCGGCUACGGCCGGGACGGCGUUGACCCCGAGGAUCCGGCCACGGUGGAUCUGGCUCGUCGAUUGGCUGCCGAUCCGUCCAAGGCGCGCCUGGCUGGUCUGUACACGCACGGCGGGCACUCCUACGACCAAGAGGGCUCCGACGUGGUCUCACAGGUUCGGCGAGUGGCGGCUGCUGAGGCCCGCGCCGUGGCCGGCCUGGCCGGCCGUCUUCGCGAAGUUGGUUUGGAGGUCCCGACCGUUGGUGUGGGAUCCACGCCGACGUGCUCAAAUCCACCUGAUGCGCUGCCGGACGUCAACGAGAUGCAUCCUGGGAACUACAUCUACUACGACACCAUGCAGCAGUGCCUGGGCUCCUGCACUGAGGAGGACAUUGCCGUGAGGGUGCUGACGCGUGUGAUUGGUGCUUAUCCGAAGAAGAAUCUUCUUCUCGUUGACAUGGGGUGGACGGCUUGCUCGAAGCAGGGACAGGCCAUGAACUACGGCCGGCUGGAGGGCCAUCCCGAACUCAAGGUGGUGGACUUGAAACAGGAGGCAGGGCUGGUCUCCUCGAGUGAUGGGAAGCCCCUGGAUUUCGCCAAGUAUCCGCUCGGCACGAUCCUCAGAUUGGAGCCCUUUCACUCCUGCGCCCACACCAAGCAGCACGACCGGAUCCAUGUCCUGGCCGAAGACAGGACGUCGGUAGUAGCCACCUGGAAGAUCUGCCACGGAUGGUGA